UAUUUGACAUGACUGGUGCAGUCACAUGAAUGUUUUUAGUCGCCCUUUGCUCCAGCUGUAAUUGGCCUCUCCGUGAAGGUCUUUAUCCAGAUCAUCCUCAACCUCCUGUUUCCUAUUUCCAUAGUUCACCAUUUUUGAAAGAAGGUGGAGUGAGUUCAAAUCUGUGAUCCUUUUUGCAGCAUCACCAUAUUUUGUGUUUGCAAACGUCUGCAGUUUUGUUGGCGUCUUUAAUGUUGCUGCAAUGAUGGCUGGAGUUUGGUUAACUUUGUGUCCUCUAUUCACAUUAUGUAUUUGCACACUCUGUUUAGAUGUGAGUGAAAUUCAAGUUCCUAAAGAUGAUGGUAUUUCUGGAGUGGUGUUGGUUCAAACCAAGGACAAGAAAUACAGUUUUAAUGCCACAACAGCCAAAGAGGCAUGUAAUGCUAUUAAAAUGAGAAUCGCUUCAAAGGCUGAAGUGGAGACAGCAAACAAACAUGGCUUACAGACAUGCAGGUUCGGCUGGAUUGAAGAGCAAGUAGCAGUUAUACCACGAAUUGACAGAAACCCAAACUGUGGUAAAAACAGUACAGGCAUUUCUGUAUGGAGAGCUGACAUCAGCAGAACGUUUGAUGUUUAUUGUAUUAAGCCAGCAGGUCCCGAUGAACAUUUUGAAACAUCAACAAGUCUUGAAUCUACAACAGAAAGGAGAAGAACACCAUCAACCACCCAUUCUUCUACGAUAUCAAUCCAGACAUCAACAACUCAUUCUACCUCUUCUCCUGUCACAUCCCUUCCUCCCUAUUCACCCACCCCGUCCAUUUCCUUUGUUUUCAACACUUCCUCAAAAACAUAUAGCACUGUUAGUCUUUCUAGCUUCAGUAAAAUAACUUCUCAGGCAACAACAAGCCCCCGGCUUCACUCAUCUCCCAAAACCUUGACCGAAGUCUUGACCUCACCCAUUUUAUCGUCCUCUCUUUCAUUCACUAAUACUGUUGUUCAACAUACCUCACCUUCAACAGGCCAGCCCGGUCUGUCCCAGGCUGCUGGACCUUAUAAACCUUCCAUUAGAGUUCCAAAAGCAGUUGUUAUCGUCUCUGUUAUGCUGCUACUGCUGUUAGCAGCCGUAGGGACAGCUUGGUAUCUCAAAAUCAAAGGAGGACAACAGUUUCCAUCCUGGACGAGAAUGGGGCAAACAGAUUUUACCGAAACUGAGAUGUGCCAACACAUUAUUGACAGGCACUGUAUGCAAGAACAGACGAGCAAAGACAACAACAAUAGGAAAUUUGACAACAUCAUCCUUCGGAUGGAACAAGAUCCCGACACAGACUAACCCUAAGAACUGAAGAGAGAGAGAGAGAGAGAGAGAGAGAGAGAGAGAGAGAGAGAGAGAGAGAUCGUUCAGAUUUCAUUGAUAUCAAACUGUGCUAGACCUUUGUGUUUUUCAUUUCGUUACUUUGCAGUUCAGUUAUUCUAAUGGACACUAUUUGUAUUACUAUUUUUAUUGUAAUAAAAGCAUAGGCUCCAGACAUUCUAAUAAACAGACAACUGAAAAGAUAAACAUCAUGUAGGCCUACCAUAAUGUUCAGGAAUAAUUUAUUAAACCUGGAAAAAAUAGUUAAUAGUUAACAUUACGCAACAACAAACAAUACCAGCAAAAUGAAAUAGGUUAUAUCAGACGACUUAUAUAAUCAGGUUUAUUAAAAAUACAGAAAUAUUGCAAUGAGGUCAAUAUGGACUUCAUUUCAUCCAGUCCAGUUUUCACUAUAUGCAUUGUUAGGGGAAGAUACAUCAUCCUAUAGAAUGUAGGGAUUUCAAUUUAGCGUAUGAUUGUAGUCCAUUUUACAAUUUACUGCAAAGCCAAGAAACACAUUUUAGCAUUUUUAUUAUGUAAAUAAAGAAAAUUGUCUUUAAUAAAUCUGGAAAACUAUUGAAUCAUGAAUAUCAAGAUAUUUGUUAGCGUAAUAAACAUGUAAUAUCAAAAAUACAAGCAGAUGUAAAUACUUAUAAAUUGAUUAUAAAAGACGUUGUUUAACACAACACAUCGUUUUUGGCAGCUUGUUUUGUUACCAUACAACAAUAAAUGAACAUGCAUUAC